AUGGCUAUAUUUAUCGCCAUGCUUGGAUCUGCAUUGUUCACGUACGCGAGCUUGAGCAGCUUCAAAUGGAAAUCCAAGAUCACGCCGACAGUGGUGAAGCACUGCCAAGCCGACGAGACAGUGAGUUCGUUGCUUGCGCAAAACCCCUCGCUGAGUCCAGAGGAAGCCUCAAUCAAAUUGUUUGGCAAGAAGGAGAAGACUGGGCAGCCAUCCAGCGAGGCCGACCACGAACUGAGCCCCGCAUCGGCCCAAGACCUUAAGCAAGCCCUCAGUUGUGGGAGAUGGGGACCGACACAACCUGGGGAGCUGUUUCUUCGUGUGUACCAUGACGUUCUAUGCUGCCUGGAUGCUGAUCCGUUGAGCGGCGUGGUGUCGCCAGCACUCAUUGGCACGCAUGGCUCCAUACCGCUGAGCGUCAUCGCACCCCUAGUCGACUUGGUCCGACACAUGUCAAAUGUCAUCGUGAGAGCGAGGAGAGAGGUUCUUUUCGCGUCAUGUUCUUGGUCGCCAUCGGAUGCCGUAGACCUCAUUAGCGAUGCACUCAAAGAGUUGUCUCGAAGAGCAGGGGUCAGAGGCGACCGAGUUGUCGUGAAGAUCAUUUUCGACAAGGCUGGCGUAAAGCAAUUCGUCAACAACCACCAGAAGGUCCCGGUAGAGGUCUAUUCUGGAGAGAAGAUAAAUCUUCCGCACCCAGAUGAGAUUCCGAACCUGGACCUCGAAGUCUCCAGUCUACAUGUGCCUCUUCUCGGCACUCUUCACGCAAAAUUCAUGGUGGUCGACAGAGAAAUCGGCAUCGUCGAGAGCAACAAUAUGGAGAAUAAUGCCAACGUGGAGAUGAUGACGCAUUUGGAGGGACCAGUUGUUGAUUCGCUCUACGACUCCUUCCUAGUCACCUGGCACGAUGCACUGGAUCCACCCUUGCCAACCCACAAUUCCCCAGCAGCCUUGGGCGGAUUCAGUACAUGGAAUGAGCCUUCCUUCCAGAGACUGUUUGCCUCGAAUGAUCAACAUGUGCACCCCGACCAGGCUGAUGCACGUGAGCAACAAGCAAUCGUACAGGACGGCAACGAAGCGAAGAAGCAUCUGGCGCCGCACAAUCCUGGCGACCCCCAUUACGAUGACACCAUAGCAGCAGAGAUCGCUCGAGUACAGGCCAUGUACUCUCCUAGGCCCGGUGAAAGUCGUGUCUCGGCCAUCAACAGACAUCUAAAUGACACGAGCAAGAGCAACGCUGAACCUACCGGCCCAGAACCAGAGCCUGGAACCGAGUUCACCCCUUACAUUGCUCAUCCGAAAGAAGACAUACCAAUGGCACUAGUCCCACGGCGACCUCACGGCUCACCAAACAACGCCGAUGCCUUUGUUCCACAGAACGAAGCAUUCCUCUCGUGCAUCCGCAACGCCAAGCAGUCAAUCUUCAUCCAAACACCCAAUCUCAAUUCCCACCAUCUUCUUCCCGCUCUCGCUGCGGCAGUCAGACGUGGCGUUGACAUCACAUACUACGUCUGCCUCGGUUACAACGACGCCGGCGAGAUGAUGCCAGGUCAAGGUGGCAUAAAUGAAGCCUUCGCCGCAAAGCUGUACAAGGAACUGUCCUUGCAAGAGCGCACUCUGUUGCACGUCCACUGGUAUACCGCCAAAGACCAGUCGAAACCAAUACACCACCAAUUCAGUCAGCGAGCUUGCCACGUCAAACUCCUCAUUGCCGACAGUCGCGUCGGCAUUCAAGGCUCCGGCAACCAAGACACGCAGAGUUGGUAUCACUCACAGGAGAUCAAUGUCAUGAUUGACUCGGAAGCAACAUGCAGGAAGUGGCGUGAGGGGAUCGAGCGGAAUCAGAAUACCCUAACAUAUGGGAGAGGAAGUCCGGAAGACGGAGUGUGGCGAGAUGAUCAAGGGCAUGAGGCAGAAGGAGCGACGAAGCCGUCAGCGCCGCCUGUGAGCUGGGUCAAGGGCGCUGUUGGCAUGGCGAAGAAGCUGCAGGCAAAGGGCGGUUUCUGAAGGCUGGAUCGGUAUUCUCUGGUGUUAGGGUUAGGCCAGCCGGCGUCUAUUUCGGACUUUGUUAUCUCCAAUCUCUUUAUAGUCUAGAUUGCUUUGGCAAUCCACGCAAUAAUGAUGUCGC